CUUCCCUUAUUUCAUAAACUUCUACACUCAACUCAACCCAAUUUCUCCUUCCUUUCUCCCCUUCAUCCUUCCCUAAAAAUGUUGAGUGCAAUUUCAGCACCAAAUAUUUUGAUACCAUAUCCAAAAACAACCCAUUUCAGAGCAAGUCGGGUUGCUCCGACUAGAUUCCGGGUUUCAGCUGUUGCUUCUUCACCCGACCCGAAAGAAACGAACUUGGAGUACACACCUUGGCUUAUUGUUGGUCUGGGUAACCCUGGAAUUAAGUAUCAUGGAACUCGGCAUAAUGUGGGAUUUGAGAUGAUUGAUAAAAUCUCCCAAAAGCAGGGCAUUUUGUUGAACACCAUACAAUCAAAAGCCUUGAUAGGCAUAGGUUCAAUAGGGGAAGUACCGAUACUCUUGGCCAAACCUCAAGCAUAUAUGAAUUACAGUGGGGAAUCGGUUGGACCGCUGGCUGCAUAUUACAAAAUACCUUUGCGCCACAUCUUGUUGGUCUAUGAUGAGAUGAGCUUGCCUAAUGGCGUGUUAAGGCUACAGCCAAAAGCAGGACAUGGACAUCACAAUGGAGUUAAGAGUGUGAUGGGACACUUAGAUGGGAGAAAGGAGUUCCCUCGGUUAUGCAUAGGUAUUGGGAAUCCACCGGGAAAUAUGGAUAUGAAAGCUUUUCUUUUACAGAAGUUCAGUUCUACAGAAAGAGGACAGAUUGAUGCUGCUUUGGAACAAGGUGUUGAGGCUGUGAGGAGCCUAGUGCUUAGUGGUUUUAGUGACGGUAUUACAAGAUUCAAUCUCGGGCAAAAAUACAAGUAUCACAAAGUCUGAGGCUAUGAGCGAAAAUGUGCAGAUCAUCUAAUUUUUAGGACAUACGUGCUUACAUAUAUUUUAGCACUCUCAAGUCCUAGUGACCUAGUUACUAGCCAACAUAUAUGUACCUCGACCCUCUUCAUAGCAUCAAGGUAGACGACUGCUCCGCCCAGUGUCAACUUUUCUUCGCCAAAGCUUGAGCUAUGUCGGGCUAUUAGCCUUAUGUAUGGGCUUCAAUUGCAGUGGUUGGAUCAUACCCAAAUCAGAUUGUACAUGAUGUAGGCUCGAGUUGCUGCUGUAAGAUUAAAAGAGAUGUUAUGCCAUGCUUGGGUUGCACCAUUGCAGAUCUUGAAGCUUUUUGUAAAGGUGAAAUGCUUUAUUUAGCUUAAUUCAUGACAUGCCAAGUUGCUAAAGGCUUAAUAGAUUUAAGCAUACAGAGUAAGGCUGUAAACUGAUUCACUAUUUUAUUAAUUUUGCAAGUGUUCAUUGUUAAGUUCA